ACUCAUCCCCUCAACUUCUGCCACUCAAACUUCGUAAACCGAAGUAUUCGAUAGCAGGCAAAAUGGCGUUCCGCUGGUACCAAGCAAAGCUCAAGUCGGCGCCGCUGCUGACGCAGAGUAUCACCACAGCUGUACUCUUCUCAACCGGCGACGUCAUGGCGCAACAGCUCGUCGAGAAGCGCGGCUUCGACCAGCACGACCCGAUGCGAACGGCAAGAAUGGGCGCAUACGGUGGUGUCAUCUUCGGUCCCGCAGCGACAAAAUGGUACGGCUUCUUAACCAAGAACGUCAACCUCAAGGGCAAGAACAGCACAAUCGCCGCGCGCGUAGCAUGCGAUCAAUUGAUUUUCGCGCCCGUAAACAUGGGACUCUUCCUCUCCUCCAUGGCCUACCUCGAAGGCGCAUCGCCCAAGAAACGCCUCGAAGACGCCUACGUCCCCGGUCUCACCAAGAACUUCAUGAUCUGGCCGUGGGUGCAGUUUACAAACUUCAAAUACGUGCCCAUGGAGCAUCGGGUGCUGGUUGUCAAUAUCAUUUCGCUCGGGUGGAAUUGCUAUUUGAGCUUUUUGAACAGCGGUGGUGGCAAGUUGCCGAAUUUGCCCCCGGGACAUACCAAGGAGGGUGGACAGCUGCCGCCGGCGUAAGGGGGGUGUUUGUAGGGAAGGUAAUAUGGGGCGGAAUGGGGCUAUAGACGGCUUUUCUAUGGAAUGGGUAUGCUAUUUCGUGCCUGAUAGGACGCGUUUGAG